AUGGCUUCAGAUACAGCAGUUCAACUAUUAAACCAAGCUUCUGGUUAUGGAGUUCUUGUUGGUGUUGGUGGUGGUUUUGCCCUUGGUAUGAUUCUUGUUACUUUCUUCUUGAGAAAAUACUUAAGAGAAGAUAACACCAGUACUGAAACUUUCUCAGUGGCAAAUAGAUCAGUUGGAACUUUGCUUAGUGCCUCAGCUGUUUAUUCAAGUUGGAGUUGGGCUACCGAAUUACUUUGGUGUACCACUAUGGUUUAUAAUUAUGGUAUUCAAAGUUCUUAUUAUUACAUGUCUGGUCUUGCUGUGCAAAUUGCAGUUAUGGCAAUGGUUGGUAUUCAUGCCAAGAAGAAGAUCCCUAAAGCUCACACGUCAUUGGAGAUAAUUGAAUUGAGAUAUGGUAAAGCAGCACAUAUCUUGUACAUGUUCCUUUGUCUUACCAACAACUUGUUGUCUUGUUCAAGUAUGAUUUUAGGGGCAGCUGGUGCUAUUUCAAUAAUUGCUGGUAAUUUACACAUUGUUGCUGCUACAAUCUUGACAAUCUUUUCCGUCUUGUGUUAUUCCAUAUAUGGUGGAUUGAAAGCUACAUUCUUGACUGACUUUGCUCACACAUUGAUCUUGUUGAUUGUGUUGUGUUAUUUGAACACUGCUGUUUUGACCAAUGUCGGUGGAUUGGAUGCAUUAUAUGAUGCAUUGGCAAACUUUGGUGGAACUAGAGAAAUCCCAGGUAAUUAUGAAAACAGUGUCAUUACAGGUAAAUCUCAAGGGGCUAUUCUUUUUGGAUUAAUUUUAACUGCUGGUAAUUUUGGCUUGUCAGUUAUGGACAGUUCAUUCUGGCAAAAAACAUUUUCAGCAUCACCAAGAGCAACUGUCCCUGCUUAUUUAACUGCUUCUGCUUUGAUUGCAUCCAAUGUUUGGCCCUUGGGAGCUAUUAUUGGAGGAGCAGCGAUUGUAUUGGAAAGUUCUCCCAAGUUUCCCACAUAUCCACGUAAAAUGACCCAAUAUGAAGUUGAUUCUGGAUUUGCAUUACCUUAUGCAUUGAUGGCUACAUUGGGUAAAGGUGCCGUUGGUGGGUUGUUGUUGAUUGUAUACCUUGCCGUAACAUCAACUGUAUCGGCCCAAAUGGUUUCAGUAUCAUCAAUCCUCACGUUUGAUAUUUAUAAGAAAUAUAUUAACACCGAUGCCCAUAACAAAUCAUUGAUUCUUGUGUCUCAUAUUGGAUGUAUUAUUUUCACUUUUGGGGCAGCUGGGUUCUCAAUUAUGUUGCACUAUGUUGGUGUUAACAUGACUUGGUUUGGUUACUUCUACCCAUUGAUAAUUUGUCCUGGUGUUAUUCCUUUGAUUUUAUCUAUCACCUGGAAUCGUCAAAACUGGUAUGCUGCUUUUAUUUCACCAAUUUUGGGUAUUGUGUUUGGUUUUAUUGUGUGGACUACUACCGCUUACAAAUUAGAUGGUGCCGUAAACAUUACUACCUUAGGCGGUCAAUUGCCUGCAUUGUAUGGUGCUUUGACAGCUUUAUUCUUGCCUGGAAUUGCUAGUGUCGUUAUCUCAUUGGUUUAUCCACAGAAAUUUGAUUGGCAGGUGUUGCAACAAGCUCAUCUUUUAGUUGACGAAGAUGUGUCAAGUGAAAACUCAGAUGAUGUAAAUGAAAAGGAUGAAAUUAUAAAUUCCGACAAAGGUGACACUAUUGAAGGUGAUGAUCGUGGUAAAAACGAAAUUGAGGUCAAUGUUGAUUCUGAUCAAGCGUCGUCUUCAAACAACUUGGAAUCGCAAAAUACUAUAGCCGGUGUUAAACAAUUGACACAGAAACAAUUAGAUUUUUGGAUCAAAAUUGCAACCGGUGCAGCUAUAUUCAUAUUGUUGAUCACAUGGGUAUUGUGGCCAUUGCCUUUGUACCGUGAUUGGAUUUUCAGUAGGGCUUACUUUAAGGGGUAUAUUACUGUUGGAUUGAUCUGGUUAUACGCUACCUUGCUCAUUAUUGGAAUUGGUCCGUUGAUUUCAGGUAGACACACAAUUGCCUGGAUCGCAAAGAAUGUUUAUCGUGAUUAUAUAAAAAGGUGGUAA